AUGGCAAGAAAACGAUUGCACACUUCCGAACAUGAUGACGAGGAAGAGAAUCAACUUGUUGAUCAAGAAAUAAUUGAUGAAGAACAAGAAGAGGAAACAAAACAUGAUGAUAAAGAUAUUAUGGAAGAUGAUGAAGCACAAGAUGAAAAUGAUGGAGAACUUGAUUUUGUCUACUCUGCUUCCGAUGUUUUCACCAAACCAAAAAAGAAAAAGAAACACUCACAUAGUGAUGGAUGCUGUGUUGUUAGGGAUAUUGUCAAUGUUGAUAUUUCAAAGGCUGGUUCUUUUGGUAGAAUUUCAGAGUUGGCCUUCUCCUAUAUUUUGUUAUAUACGCACACAAAAGAUACAACCAAUUUGGCCUCUGUUUGUAAAUGGACUUAUUCAGUAUUCUUAUCUCUUAGAUCAUACAGUUUGAAUAACAUUCGUUUGGAGUAUUUGAAUGGCAGAUGUCAACAGUACAAGACUUUGAAUAGUUUGUUUAAAGUAGAUAACAUGAAUAGAAUGACUGGCUUUAUGAAAUAUUUACCAAACUUUGAACCUGUUGAUAUUAUGAAUGAUGACAUUACUUUAAAGCUUCCAAACAAGUUUACCAAGAGAAGAAAUGUUCUCAUUGAUCUGUAUAAUGAUUUUACUGCAGAGGAGAAGAGUGAUGCGAGUCCUGUGAAGAGAGAUUUUCAUUUUGAUAGGAUGAAUCAUUUAAAGUGGGAAACCUCUUUUCCAGAAAACAUUGAAGAAUUCCAAUCUGUAGUGUCAGAAAAUGCUGAACUUGGAAAGCACUUGUUGGACUGUUUGUGGGAAAAUAACAAGGAGAAUAGGGAGAAAUUCAUUAUCGCUGGUGGUUUUGUUCUUUCAUGUUUAACAUCUAAUACGCAUUCAUCUGAUAUUGAUGUAUUCUGUAUUCAAAAUGGAGAAUCCAAAGAAAAUUGCCACAUGUCAUUGAGAAGGAUUUUAUUCAAGUUUGGAGAAUUAGCCAAGAAACACAAGUUUAAUUAUGGUAUUGUGAAGAAUAAUGGUUGUAUCAAUAUUUGCUUUGAGAAGAGAUCUAAAAUGAUACAAUUUAUUCUGAGAAGAGUGGACACCAUUGAGGAAUUAAUGACCUUCUUUGAUAUUGAUUGUUGCAGAUUUUGUUUUGACGGUGAAAGAGUCUACACAACAAGAGAGGGUAUUGCCAGUCUUAAUGUCAAGUACAACUUUGUACCAGCAGAGCACAAGGAGAAGGGAAUGUACACCUCCAGAGCAUACAAAUACGGAAUGAGAAACGUGAUGACUCUUUUCACAAAAGAUCACUCUCUCGAUCAUUUUCAUUCCAGAAAACUCAAACUCGAUAGAAUUAAUGAAGCCCUGGAACAGAAUGAUACCGAAGAAUCAGAAGUGCUCUUUGGUGAUGGUACUGACAAGAAGGAUUUUGAAGGAUUAUAUUCUAUUUUCAAUGACUUUUCACUUUCGUAUGAUAUUAUCAAAUUGGUAAGAGUUGUGGGAGUGAGAAAAUUCUUGUCACACAAUUGGGAGAACUAUUAUGGAUCAAAUUGGGAUGGCAUAUCAUACAAUCCUCAAGAUUAUGAAAACAAUGAAGAAGAAGUCAAGGUUCUUUUGAUGAAAAGUUGGAAGCAAUGA